AUGCAUCAGCCGGGAAGAAAGACCUCCAUUGGGAUAUAUCUCGUGCUUGUUGUGUUGGAGUAUAACUGGGGAGCGGUAUCCGGGCAGCUCUCCUAUUCCGUCUCAGAGGAGGUAAACCUGGGGACUUCAGUUGGAAAUCUCGCCAAGGAUCUAAAUCUUAAUGCACAGGAUUUAGAGUCACGUAUGUUUCAGAUUGUUACUGGCUCGAAGAGAAAGCAUUUCGAUAUAAAUUUAAAGUCAGGUUUUCUCUACGUCAGUGAACGAAUAGACAGAGAGGAGCUCUGUGCGAAAGCUGCAAAAUGCACAAUAAACGUAGAGGCUGUGAUUAAUAAUCCACUGAAACUUUACCGUAUUGAAGUUAAUAUUCUUGACGUAAACGAUAACCCUCCCUCUUUCAGUGCCAAAUCACAAACUAUCGACAUAGCAGAGAGUGUCUUGCCGGGAGCUACAUUCCCAGUGCUGUCAGCCUACGAUGCCGAUGUAGGGAAAAAUGGUAUUAACACAUACAAGCUAAAUCCCAGCGAAUAUUUCUCUUUAGCGGUGCACAAAGGAGAGAGCGUGUCAGCCGAGUUAGUACUGCAGAAAUCAUUAGACCGAGAAAAACAGGCUUUAAUUAAGCUCACUUUGACCGCUGUAGAUGGAGGAACACCUCUAAAAUCAGGCACGUCAGAAAUCAUCAUUAAUGUUCUGGAUAACAACGAUAAUAUCCCUGCUUUUACAAAAACAUUGUACAAAGCAAGUAUUACAGAAAAUGCACCACUUGGCAGCACAGUGGCAACAGUAACUGCAACUGACGCUGAUGAGGGGACAAACAAAGACAUUGUAUAUUUUCUAAAUUCCAAAGAUCAGGACAAUGUCUUGAACAUUUUUGACAUUGAUUCAGAAACAGGAAUUAUAACUGUUAGAGGAAAAAUCGACUUCGAAACAAAUCCUGCCUUCGAAAUUCGUGUGCAGGCUGCCGACAAAGGCCAGCCUCCAUUAACAGCACAGUGUAAAGUGCUCGUGGAGGUGGUGGACGUGAAUGAUAAUGCGCCUGACAUCACGGUGACGUCACUGCUCAGAACCGUGAAGGAGGACGCUGAAAUCGGUACUGCCAUUGCACUUGUUUCAGUUCUUGACAGAGAUGGGGGCAAAAAUGGUAAAGUCAAAUGUGAGAUAUUGAAUUCGGUUCCUUUUAAAUUAGAGACAAAUUAUAAAAAUUACUACUCUUUAGUUAUUGGUGGAGCUCUGGACAGGGAAAUCAUUUCCCAUUACAAUAUCACUAUCAAAGCUACGGAUGAAGGUAGGCCCCCUCUCUCUAAUACCAGCGUGGUUAUUAUUCAGGUUUCUGAUGUCAAUGACAACAAACCUCAAUUCACAGAAAACAUAAUCAAUGUCUAUGUGAAAGAAAACAGUCCAGUGGGGGCAGUUAUAAAAACAGUUUCAGCUAUUGAUGCCGACAUUGAUCAGAAUGGUCAGGUGAGAUAUUCAUUUCUACACAACAACAGUAACUCACUGCCACUCUCAACAAUGGUGAACAUCAACUCAGAGACUGGAGAUAUAAUCAGCCUGCAGUCUUUUAACUAUGAGGAGUUAAAAACCUUUCAGUUCAAAGUUCAGGCCACAGACUCUGGUGUUCCUCCGCUCAGCAGCAACGUGACUGUCAACGUUUUAAUCCUGGAUGAAAAUGACAAUAAUCCAACGAUUCUCGCGCCAUAUUCUGAGCACGGCUCCGUCAACAGUGAGAGCAUCCCAUAUUCUGCUGAAGCGGGAUACUUUGUGGCAAAGAUCAGGGCUGUAGAUGCAGACUCUGGAUACAAUGCGCUGCUCUCUUAUCACCUGUCUGAACCCAAAGGAAACAACCUCUUCCGGAUCGGAACCAGCACCGGAGAAAUCAGGACUAAGAGGAGAAUGAGUGACAAUGACUUGAAAACUCACCCCUUGCUGGUCUUGGUUUCUGAUAACGGAGAACCCUCCCUGUCAGCUACUGUGUCUAUUGACGUGGUGGUGGUGGAAAGCACAGCUGACAUCCACACUCAGUUCAGACAUGUGCCCAUAAAGGAGGACAGCUUCUCUGAUUUAAACCUGUAUCUGCUGAUCGCCAUUGUGUCGGUCUCGGUCAUCUUUCUGCUCAGCCUCAUCAGUUUAAUAGCUGUCAAAUGCCACAGGACAGACGGCACCUUCAGCAGGUACAGCGCCCCAAUGAUCACCACCCACCCUGACGGGAGCUGGUCUUACUCCAAAUCUACUCAGCAGUAUGACGUGUGUUUCAGCUCAGACACGCUGAAGAGUGACGUAGUGGUUUUCCCCGCACCGUUUCCGCCUGUAGAUGCUGAGCUGAUCAGUAUUAAUGGAGGAGACACUUUUACCAGAACUCAGACUUUACCUAAUAAAGAAAAGUCUUCUCGUUUUGACUGCAAACUCCACACUGGUAUUUGUAUGUUGCUGUCCGUGGUGCUGAAAGCAAGUUUCUAA